UUUUGUUUUGUUCCAUUGGCUGGUCAAAAUAAUCACGGGAAUUAAUUUACAUCGUGAUGUUUCGAGAUGGACAGUAUCUGGAGGUCAUCAAGAUUUCGGAGAAUUGCACGGCCACAGCCAUCAUAACAAUCAAACAAAAAUCAGUGGAAAUUAAUGGAAAAAGAAUUUCUACGAACAAGUGGUUGAGUUUAGAGGAUUGGUCCUCUUUGUAUAAAAUAAUUCAACGGGCUGGACUAAGGAAUAGUAAAAUAUCUCAUGAAAAUAAUGAAAGGAAAAGCUUGGAGAGGAGGAAAUCCACUCGAGGAAUGGAUGUCAUCUACUCUUACGAGGCCCCAAAGGACCCCACAUCCCUCCCCACGAUAAAAGCCAGGGUGUCACCAGCAAAACGUCGUCACGACGAGAAGUCCUCCAAAGUUGAUAAAACAAAAUCAGAAAAUAUUUCCAAGUGUCCUGAUCAGAAAGACAGUCCUCAACCAAGAGUGAGAGGUUCAAUGGAGAGGAAUGACGAGGAAUACGUGCCUCCAGACAUCGAGAACAGUCAGAGCUCACAAAAGGACCUGCAGUACGUCCCCAGCAGAAAAAGUCUCCUGAAACAGAUGAGAUCAGAUACCCCAGGGGAAUCCUCACCGAAUACCCCUGAAAUAUCUUCGAAAAAUGCUUACGUUCCAAAUGCAGUGAAAAAAAAAUCGAAGCACGAGAUGUACGAGCCCUCUGGGACAUCCUCUCUAUCUCCAGGUAUCACUGAAGCUUAUGUGCCAACUUCUAAGGGCUGUCCUGUCAACUGUGAUGAGUACACCCCGACCUCAGGCUCGAAAUUGACGGAAGAAACUGCUUAUGUACCCAAUCCAAUUGCCAGUUUGGAGAGUGAACCCAAGCACGAGAUGUAUGAACCCUGGGAAGGAGGUCUCCUGUCCUUAGAGGUCACUGAAGCCUAUGUCCCCAGCUCCAUGGGCUCCAGCACAACUAUUGAAGAGUAUCAACCCGAUUUUUCAACUAUGAGUGUAAAUUCCAAUGUCACUUACAUUCCUUCUGCUACGAAACGCAAGGCCGAGGACAACUGUGAGGGAAAUGACAAGAAGUGCAGGGAGGAGAUGAAGGACAGGAGAAAAUACUCCUCGAGUAGGAAAAAAGGUGCGGUGAACACUGGGGGCAAAAGAGAACUUUAGUAAUUAUAUGGUUGUGAGAUGAAUUCAGGUGUCAAGUGGUGGACUGAGAUAAUUUCGAUUUGAAAUUCCUAUUGGUUAUCCGGUUAUGGAGACAAUUAUCGAUUUCCUCGUAGAAUGAAUAGUUAACGAAGAGGGGAUCGAUGCAUUUGAGGUAUUUUUGGAUUAUUAACAAUAGAUCCUGUGAUUUUCAGCUUCAUUUUAAUCUCAUGGUGUAGAAUAUUAUUUUUCCAGAUA